AUGAAGUUUGCCACUGAUCAUGAGCUUAUGGCGUAUUACAUGCGAUAUGCCAAGCAACAAGGUUUUGGUGUUAUAACACAAAGAACGAAGAGAGAUACUAAUGGGAGGGUGAAGUAUUUAACGAUUGGGUGUGCGCGUGGGGGAAAGUACCAUCCUAGUCAUAGUAAUAUCUCGAAGCCACGUCCAACUAUUAAAAUGGAUUGUAAGGCAAGGAUAAAUACUCACUUGGUGGAUGGUACUUGGGUGGUGACCACUGUUGAGAUUGCCUAUAAUCAUAGUACUGUCAGCCCACAAAAGUCUAGAUUCUUUAGAUCGCACAAGUAUUUAGACGAAUAUAGUCAGAGGAUGCUUGAUUUGAACGACAGAGCAGGUAUUCGAAUGAACAAGAAUUUCGGGGCACUUGUUGUUGAGGCAGAGGGGUUUGAGAAUCUGCAGUUUCAAGAAAAAGACUGUCGAAAUUUUAUUGACAAAGCCCGACAAUUAAGACUGGGUAAAGGUGGUGGUGAAGCACUGACUGAUUACUUCAAGAGGAUGAGAAUGCAGAAUGAUGGUUUUGUUUAUGUGAUUGACGUGGAUGAGGAGUUGAGACUUAGAAAUGUGUUCUGGGCUGACGCACGUAGUAGAGCUGCGUAUGAGUUUUCAGAGAUGUUAUUACAUUCGAUACGACAUGCCUAA